AUGGUAGCAAUCAAACUUUUUUGUGCUUUCCUUAUUAUCGCCUCUGUAACAUUGGUCACCGUAGUCGAUGCUUUUAAUCCUCAGCUUAUUCUUCAACUUGUUAACGACGAACCUGCUCAAACGCAAACCAAUUACAUGGUUAUGACCCAAACCCUUACUCACGAUAACCCUGCCGGUGGUGUAGGGCGACGUGUUCUAAAUACUGGGUACAUUUAUAGUUUCGUUGCUGAAAAUGUUGCUGUAGGAUAUAGUACAAAUCAAGAAGUUGGAGUCAUGAACCUUUGGAUGAAUUCUCCCAGACAUCGGGAAAAUAUACUUAAUCCGGUAUUCACUAAUUUGGGAGUCGCAUUUUGUGGUGGAACAUAUUGGACUCAAGUUUUUGCUAGUCCUCGUGAAUAA